AUAUUCAUUUUCUGUAGUUAUUACCAAAAAGAUAUAUACAAAUUACGUAAUUCGGAUACGUGGCUGAACAAGUGUGGAGGGAGACCCCAGUCCAGCUGGCCCAGACUGAAGGAGGUUUUCCGCCACACUAUCGAAGUGGUCUACUAAGUUUUAGCUAAGGAAAUGCUGGCGACAGUUAGCAUCCUUCUAGCUGUGUGUAGAUUGUACGUGUGGUUAUCUUGCUAACCAGAGAGCCGUUUGCUGACACCGGGAGUGCCCAUAGGAAGACCGGUUGAGUGCGGGGUUUAAGCUACCGACCGACGCCUCGUGUGGAACUUAGUUGGCUAAUCCAAGAGUUCGCCAGGACUUGCUUCACGACUGUUUUUUUUUCGGAACCUGAGUGAAUUAUUAAUUUUUUUCCUUUCUCCGCGCGGUUCGCGCGAAGCGGCCCCUUAGUUUCAAGGCCUCAACGCUCACAAGCAUCGACUCAGGCCUGCAACGGGACAUUGAGGGAAGAGGAUUGCCAUGGAGUGUCUCACUGCUGUAGAGCCAGAGACUGAAAAUGAGUUCACCACACUGGUCUCUAAUGCAACCAAGACGGCGUUCACAUGCAUCAGUAUGAACGGCUACCACCGGCAGUCUGUCGCUAAAACGGAAGACCUUCUACAGUCACUCACCACUGCCGAAUUGGGCUCUAUGUUAAGCAUCGGUUCAGAUCAAAUGAAAGCGGAGACACACAAACCAAUAUGCAUGAAAUUAAAGGUGGAAGUAAAUGAAAGUGAACUUGGGUUUCAACCAAUCAAAUCAGAAACCGACAAUCUGCACUUUAAGAUGGAGGAGCACAAUGACCAAAAAAUAAUUCAUAGGGGAGCACCCGUUUUGGAUACAUCAUGCAGUGGACCCAAAGUGAAAUCUUCCCAGAUAAAAAUGGAAAAUGACAGGUGGGGCCAUGAUGAAGAAAGUACACAUAGAAAAUGUUCUAGUCAAGAGCUGUCUGUUUGGAUGACUUCACGUGGUAAUGCUACACAGUUUGAACAGACGUUGAAGUCUCACCACAUGAAGGUAGAAUGUGAUACAGAGGAUUGUUUUCAGUUUGAGCGGCGCCUUAACACCAAACCUUUGGAUGAUGGCAUAACAUGUGGUGGUAAUGUGAAAAGAUGUCAAAUCGAGAUCAAACGGGAGACAGAAGAGCUGGGAUAUGUGACAUUAGAACAGCCUCCAUUCCCAUUAGACUCGGACAUUGUCAGUAUGGACCCUGAUGGAAAACAGCAAAACGACAGCUGUCUUAUAUCCAUUAGUGAAAAGGGGAAUGAAGGCCGAUCUCAAAGGUCCACUCAAAAGGGACAUGUUGAAAACACACCUGAUCAAAUGAAAGUACAAAGUGAUGACCAGACUGCUGUAGCAUGUGUGUACGGGAGAAAGCUGAGGUCUGGUAAGCAGGUGAUAUCAACUUCCAGUGCUAGCUCUGACUGUAUCAUCAUUUAUAGAGUCAGAGGAAUGGAAGCCUUCUACAAAGAAAAAAAUGAUUCAUCGCAGUCUGAUAGAGAACCUAUUGAAGGACCUGGUAAACCGGAUCCUGCGGUACCAGGAGUUCCCCGCCUCAAGCCACAUUUUGUUCAAAAACAAACAGUGUGCUCUGGGAAGGGGCAGACGAAAGUCAGAGGCAAUAACCUGCUGCUGCAGCCCUAUUCAUCACAGUCUCCUGAUGACACCUCUGGCUCUGUCAGCCGUCCCUCUUUUGAAAGGGAAGCCUAUGAACUACGCAGCCUCAGACCUCGCCAGCCAAUCAGCAAAAAAAAGAAACGCUCCUCAGAGCCUGAGCUUAAACUGCACUCGGAGGACAAAGAGUAUCACUGCCGCCAUUGUGGGAAGGGAUUCGGCCAUCAGAAACACCUGCAGAGACAUCGUCUGAUUCAUUCAGGGGUAAAACCUUUCAUCUGCACCCAAUGUGGGAAGAGGUUUAGCCAAUCUGCGCACCUGAUCAGACACCAGCGCAUUCACACCGGAGACAGGCCUUUCCCUUGCCCUGACUGUGGGAAGAGCUUUAACCAGGCGGGAGACCUCAAAUCCCACCUGCGCACCCACACAGGAGAGAGGCCGUACACAUGUGGCCAGUGCGGGAAGAGCUUUGCAAAGUCCUGCAACCUGAAGAGCCACCAGCGCACGCACUCGGGGGAGAGGCCUUACCGCUGCUCCCAGUGCGGGGACGCUUUCAUGGAGAUGGGCCACCUGAGGAAGCAUAACAGGAUUCACACUGGAGAGAAGCCGUACUUUUGCAGUCGCUGCGGAAUGGGUUUCACCUGUGUGGGAAGCCUCAAGAAGCACAACCAAAGAAAACACAAAUUUAUUUAGACCUAAGUGCAUUUGCAUGAACUAAUCAAAUGAAAAGUGUGUGUAUG